AUGACACUCGAUAUAUUGCCAAUAUUUGAUACGCACACUAAACGUCACUAUAUAAGUAGUGGAGCUACCAAUACUUCAAAUAAUACCACAACAUUUACUUCAGCAACCAUCUAUCAACCACCACAAACUACCACAAACACUAAUAAACCAAAUGUAAAUUGUUUAUUAGAUGGAUAUAUGUUAAACCAUGAACUUCGGUUCAUUAGAAAAAUUGGUGCUGGUACUUAUGGCUUGAUUUAUCUUGUGGAAAAUAUUUACACUAAACAACAAUUUGCUGCUAAAAUGGUUCUUGAACAACCAUUGCUCAAACAAAAGCAACAACAGCAACAGCAACAACAACAACAACAACAAGGUCAUAGAGCACAUAAAGGAGAAUCCAGUAUGAAUAAACAAAUAAUACUGCAAGAAUUUUAUCAAUAUUUUUUGAACAAUAGUAUGCCACAACCACAAAACUUGGACUUAAAUUAUAUUCGAGAUAGUGGUCAUGAUUGUCCAUUUUUAACAGAGAUUUCAUUACAUUUAAAAGUCCAUCAACAUCCAAACAUAGCGACAAUUCAUCAAGUAUUAAACAUUGAAAACUUUGCCAUAAUAAUAUUGAUGGAUCAUUUUGAACAAGGAGACUUAUUUGCUAAUAUCAUUGAUAGACAAAUAUUCACCGAUAACAGACAUAGAAAAGUACCAAGAACAGAUUUUGAAACCCAAUUAUUAAUGAAGAAUGCCAUAUUGCAAUUAAUAGAAGCCAUUGAAUAUUGUCAUGAAAAUAAUAUUUAUCAUUGUGAUUUAAAACCAGAAAAUAUAAUGGUUAGAUAUAAUCCAUAUUAUGUUCGUCCAACCAUUAAUAACAACAAAGACAAUAAUGAUGAUGAUGAUAAUAUUUGCUAUGCCAACAGUAUUAUUGAUUAUAAUGAAUUGCAUCUAGUGUUGAUUGAUUUUGGAUUAGCCAUGGAUUCUGCCACCAUUUGUUGUAAUUCAUGUCGUGGAUCAUCAUUUUAUAUGGCUCCAGAAAGAACCACUAAUUAUAACACUCAUCGUUUAAUCAAUCAAUUAAUUGAUAUGAAUCAAUUUGAAUCAAUUGAAAUGAAUGGAACAACAAUCACAAAAUCAAAUUGUAAAUAUUUACCUACAUUGCCAGGAGAUAUUUGGUCAUUAGGUGUAUUGUUUAUUAAUAUCACUUGUUCAAGAAACCCAUGGCCCAUUGCAUCAUUUGAUAAUAAUGAAAAUAAUGAAGUGUUUAAGAAUUAUAUGUUGAAUAAUAAUAAAGCAGUCUUGAGUAAAAUAUUACCCAUUUCAUCACAGUUCAAUCGAUUAUUAGAUAGGAUUUUCAAAUUGAAUCCUAAUGAUAGAAUAGAUUUACCUACUUUAUAUAAAGAAAUUAUUCGUUGUGAUUUCUUUAAAGAUGAUCAUUAUUAUUAUUCUCAACAUCAACAUCAACAUCAUCACAGUCAUAUCAAUAAUGCCUAUAAUCAUUAUCACAAACAACAGAAUCAAGCUAGACCUACUGCAAACCAACAGUUAUAUACUCCACCAGAAACCACCACUUAUAAUUCAUACGCUAGUGAUAUGGAAGAAGAUGAAAUUAGUGAUGAUGAGUUUUAUUCCGAUGAGGAUGAUGAAGAUAUUGAAGAAUACGAAGAAGAAGAGGAAGAGUAUGUGGGUAAUAGCGAACAACAACAACAACAACAAGUAACGACUGUGAAUAGUAAUUUUGGUCAAGUUAAAGGUACAUGUUAUUAUGAUACCAAAACAAGAACGACGACAUACAUAAAGCCACCAGCUGCAUAUACUUUAGAAACACCUAGCCAAAGUGUUGAAUACUGUUAG